AUGGGUAUUGAUACUUAUCAAUAGAGCAUUUUUGAUAAUAAGUUCUGUGAUGAAAAUGUAUUUAAAUAGAGAAAUUUGAAACUCAUGGAUUCCAAAUAUAACUUAAAUAGCAAAAUUAGUUUGUUUUCAGAUAUUGAAUUGCAAGAGCAAAACAUUAAUCCUCUUAAUGUAGCUCUGAUAAAAAUAGUCACAAUAACAAAAAAGAAAACUACGAUAGCAAAGGAUAAAAGCGUGUUGCUUUUUACAUCAUUAAAGCCAAUAUCAGAUCUUGACAAGAAAUACAUCGCUUAUUUAACAUAAUAAGUUGAGGCAUUUGGAGACAAUGCUCUUGAAUAAUAUCAAUUAAUUUAGAGAUUCAAAAGUUAGAUGUUUGAAAGUGUUUAUGAAUUUUAUGAGACAAAUGCCUAAAAAAUAAUUUAAGCUAAGGAUUAAAAUGGAAUAGAAUUCGAUUUUGAUUAAAUAGAUGUGAGACCUUUGCUAUAUAUAAAGUUGUAUGGCCAAUAUUAAGAAGCUAGAGUGAGAUUAAUUCAGCCAGUUUUUGCAAAAUACAUCGUGGCAAAAAUAAUAGUAGAUAAAGAUUCGGGAUUGAAUGAGAGAGUAAAGCAUCUCAAUUAACUUAGAGCCGAUAAGGAACUUGAUUAGUAUAAUUUCACGUUUAGAGGUUAUAUAUUUGAUCCUAAAUGA